GGUCAGGCCGCCUCACGAGAGGGAACUGGCCACUCUGGACAGGCAGGAGAGAAUGCGUCUCUCCAAAGCCCUUGUCGACAUGGAGAUGGCAGAUUACAGCGCUGCCCUGGACCCAGCCUAUACCACUCUGGAAUUCGAGAAUGUGCAGGUGUUGGCCAUGGGCAACGAUGCAUCUCCAUCUGAAGGUGUCAACCUCAAUGCCCCCAACAGCCUGGGGGUCAGUCCUAUGUGUGCCAUCUGUGGGGACCGUGCCACGGGCAAGCAUUAUGGGGCCUCCAGCUGCGAUGGCUGCAAAGGCUUCUUCCGCAGGAGCGUGAGGAAGAACCAUAUGUACUCAUGCAGGUUUAGCCGCCAGUGUGUGGUAGACAAGGACAAAAGGAAUCAGUGUCGUUACUGCAGGCUGAAGAAAUGCUUCCGGGCAGGAAUGAAGAAGGAAGCUGUCCAGAAUGAACGGGACCGGAUCAGUACACGGAGAUCAAGCUAUGAAGACAGCAGUCUCCCGUCCAUCAAUGCCCUCCUACAGGCUGAAGUACUCUCCCAGCAGAUGACAUCUCCCAUCUCAGGAAUCAACGGGGACAUCCGGGCCAAGAAAAUCGCUAGCAUUGCUGAUGUAUGUGAAUCCAUGAAGGAGCAGCUUUUGGUGCUGGUGGAAUGGGCCAAAUACAUCCCUGCCUUCUGUGAACUGCCCUUGGAUGAUCAGGUGGCCCUGCUUCGGGCUCAUGCUGGGGAACACCUGCUGCUGGGGGCCACCAAACGGUCCAUGGUAUUCAAGGAUGUGUUACUGUUAGGCAACGACUACAUCGUCCCACGGCACUGCCCCGAAUUGGUGGAAAUGAACCGUGUUGCAGUGCGAAUCCUGGACGAGUUGGUGCAACCCUUCCAAGAGCUUCAGAUUGAUGACAAUGAAUAUGCCUGUCUGAAGGCCAUCAUAUUCUUUGACCCAGAUGCCAAAGGGCUGAGCGACCCUGGUAAAAUCAAGCGGAUGCGGUCACAGGUGCAGGUGAGCCUGGAGGACUACAUCAAUGACCGGCAGUACGACUCUCGGGGUCGCUUUGGGGAGCUGCUGCUGCUGCUGCCCACCCUGCAGAGCAUCACCUGGCAGAUGAUCGAGCAGAUACAGUUCAUCAAACUCUUUGGUGUGACCAAGAUCGACAACUUGCUGCAGGAGAUGCUGCUGGGGGGAUCCUCCAGUGAAGCACCCCACACUCACCACCCCUUGCACCCACACUUGGUGCCAGAGAACAUGGGCACCAAUGUGAUAGUUGCCAAUACCAUGCCUGCCCAGAUCAGCAAUGGACAGAUGUGUGAGUGGCCCCGUCCCGGGUGGCGGACAGCCACUCCUGAGACCCCACAACCAUCUCCGCCAGCCAGUUCAGGGCCUGAGCCCUACAAGCUCCUGCCAGGAGCCAUCGCCACAGUGGUCAAGCCUCCAUCAGCCAUCCCUCAGCCCACCAUCACCAAGCAGGAGGUCAUCUAACAUGGGGCUGGAGGGGUCAGGGGAGGCCAGCCAGACACUGCCCCUCCCAGCCUGGCUUUGUCCUUCCCUGGCCUCCAGAGGGACCAGCCCCCCGAGAACUCCCAGCGCUCUUGGUGAAGUAGGACAACAAGACCUGCCCUGGGAUCCUAACGGCACAAUGGAAAGCCAGGGCUCAGGCUGAGGGCUCUAGCUGCCGACUUCCGUGACUUAAUGCAAUCCUUCUCCUAUUUGGGAGAACAUUGGGGGAGGUUGGGAACAGUCACCAUUGGGUGAGACUAGUUGUUUCUCAACGCUUUCUCCCCACCCAACCAGUUUCCUCAUCUCCUGACUCUGCUCCAAAACAGCUGCCACCUUUUCUUCUUGGGAUCUUUCUAGAACCACCAGUUAGGACACCCCUCCUGUCUUCUUUUGGAGACUAAAAGCCCUGAGACUCAGAGUCCUUUGGGGAGAGGAUGGGCCAGGCCAGGACUCUCUCUCUCUCUCUCUCUCUCUCUGCCUACUUCCACUGCCAUCCCAGUCCCAAUAUCCCUAAGAACUUUCUUAGAGGGAAUCUUCCUCUCCAGGCUGGAGAAGACUUGGAGACUGAAACUGUGAUAGUUCAGUCAUUUGACAAACUUUAUGAAGCAUCUAUUAGACCAAACUGUGUGCCAAGCACCGUAUGGAACACAGAUGAAGAAGAUAGCUCCCACACUUAAGGAGCGGGGGCGGGGCUAGCUGGGAAGACAAGAAACACAGGCAUAAAACGACUAGAAGACAAUUCAAGGCAAUCAAAAUGUAAUAGGAAUCCAGGAGAAGGAAAAGACUCACUGUGGAUUGGGGGACAGUCCAGCAGGGCUUCACAGACAACCGGAUUUGCAUUUGUGUUGACAAAUAGGGAAAAUAUUCCAAAUGGGGGCAGAUCUGGGAAUCAGUCCUGUUUGUGAUGAGACCAAGUGCAUUCAGGUACAGUGAGUCAUGGUCUUAGGUAAGGUGAGGCAAGUUGAAGGAGAGCCUUGAAAGCCAGUAUAGACUUAAUUGUUAAUAUUUUAGGUUCUUCAACCAGGGAGGGGGCAAGGGUUACCCUAAACUCAAAAGACUUCUCAGGGCAACAAAGUCAGUGGUUUCUCCCUGCCAUUCUGUUAUUACCCCUCAUCAUGGAGAGAGGACAGAAACUGUGGCUUCCCUCUCAAGUUUUAGCCCAUCCUAGGGCUAAAUUAGCCUCAAAUUCAGACUGGAAUCUAUAAUUCUUUUCUCCUGACUCAUUCUCUCUUUAGGGAAUGCUGGGAUGGGAGGUCAGCAGGUUUGUCCUAAUUGCUGAUUGGUCCUUCGAGGCCUCCUGGGGGCUUCCAUUCUGUGUAGACGGUGUUCAGGGUCUGGAGGGGAAAUUUCCUUGCAGGUGCUGAAGUAGUAGGGACAUUUAGGAGAUCAGUUCCCCAGGAAGAGGCUGCUGACUAGUCAGAACCACAGAGAAGUAAGUCCAAAGCUAGAGAUGAUGGGUAGAAAGGGAACUUCUCAAACUCGUUCCCUCUUCUUUAGCAACAACCUUUCCAAGGAUCUCAGAAUGUCAGAGCUGAAAAAGAUCUUGGGGAUGCCUUGUCAAGGCCAACUCCCUCCUUUUAGAGAGGAGCAAAGGCCCAGAGAGGACAAGUGACUUGUCCGACAUCACAUAGUCAGUGCAGAACUUCCAUGCUUCAAAGAUAACAAAUCCUUCCAGCAGUCAAGACUGUAAACAGAGGUAGCCAUAGUCAAACUCUGAAAUCUGUAGAUUCCUCUGGCCUUCUCGGUGCUGCUUCCUCCUUCCAGGGGUGACCCUCAGGACUCUUAAAGAGCCAUGUGUUCUGCUGCUCUCUGCCUACUAGAGAAUGGACUCCAAGGUGCUUUCUAGAGAUAGGCAGUUUGAGAGUGCUAGGAAGUUCUGCCUGCACUGCCUAGAUCUCCAACCAGUUGGUCCAUAAAUGCCAACAUUUAAUCUUCGUGCCUUUGGAUUUUCUAUUUUUCAGAACCUCCUCUUAAAUCCAGGGCAUGGAAAAAGAGGAGGGAGAGUACCAAACACAAACUCCAGCAAACUUAAUAAUUUGCUGCCCGUGGAAAAGUCCCAGGUUGAGUAGAGUCUCCUGAUAAAGAGCCAUCCCUUGUCAUCCCCAAUCUUUACACUUCUUCCCUCUCCCCAAGUUUCCUGAGAUCCACUAAGGCCACACUGGGGAAGGGAAAUGUCAAGGAAAGGUGGGUUAUUGCCUUGGUCUAUACUCCCCCGAUGACUGUUCUCUCUCGGGCCAAAUUUGGACAAAUAUUCCUAGACAUGACCUGGGAUGUUUGGGCAUUUGAAUCUGUUUGGGGAUGGAAGAGAAUAUAUGUAUGUAUGUAUGUAGAAAAGGAGGAUUCAAUAACAACUGAAAUCAUCCUGGGAGUGGGGAUAAGGUAGAAUCCAAGCUGCCACCAUCCCCCUCAAGUCCUGGUCACUGGGCUUUCUUGCAGUUGUGGGCCCAAGACAAGGGGACAUUGCCUUUCCUGUGGCUGUCCUAGUCUCAGGAUCUCCAUGAGAUGGAGGUGGCAAACUCCUUGGCACUUCCCAAGCUGGGCUGUGCACCAAGGUUUCUACCACCUCCACCCUCUUGGCAUGGUCUCAAUGACCUCCUCAGAAACCCUGAAGGUCCUUCCAGGAGUCAAGGGAGGAAGAGGCAGUGACUGAAAGUCGGCAACAUUGUAAUGGCAAAGCCAAUCAUGUCCACUAAAUUAUUCUGUAAUUUGCCUUGAUCAUCUCUAAUUGUGUAAUCCCAAAUAAUUCCAAAUCCCAGGGUCAUUGCAAUGUUCCAGUCAUUAGGACAUUUUCCUCCCCUCCCUCAAAAAACUUCUAGGGGAGAUGAGAAUGGGGGCACGAAUAGUGUUGAUGACUGAGCAGACCUUCUGGACCCUUCCCACUGCCAUCAUUGCCAUCCCGGUAGGGAAAGAACACUUCUUAGCCCUAGUUUGUAUUUCAAAAUAAGUGUUUUUUUAAAAACCUUCAAAAUAAAUACCAAGGAUGUUUUCUAACUCUUCCCA